CUCUUCCCCAUCACCAGUCGCCUGUUCUCCCAUCUCCUGCAGUAUGGCCAACAACCCCGUCGAUCAGUCCGCCUCGGGUGCUGCUCUUGAGCAGCACGGUGUCGGCUUGCGUCCUGCACCAGACAUCUUCACCAUUGUGUGUUCCAACGACAGCUUCCAACUGGCCCUCGACCACACCACAACCAAGACCAUGCUCCGAGUGUGCAAGCAGGUCCAGCCACUCCUGAGCUCCAAAGUAGCUGGCUUCCACGACUGGUGCCAGAAGGCAGGACUGUGCCGUCCGGACGGCCAGUUGAUGAUCCGCCUCACCAUCAGCGACCAGAUUGCCCUCUCGCUGCACAGCAAGGGCCAAGACACAGCCGGUAUAUCAUGGGUUGUAGCUCUGGCCGACCAAGGCCAUGCCGCUGCCUCGUAUCUCCUGGCCUGGGUUCUCCUUCUCGCGUCCAUCGUCAAGCUGCCUUUGCCCGAGGUCGACUUCAUUUCCAGACAGAAAGAAUGCGCCCGCCAUUUGGAAACGGCCGCCAACGCCGGCCAUUCCAUGGCACAACUCCAGUUGGCCGACUGCUAUUAUAAUGGCAUCGGGGUCGACCGAGACCGUGCCAAAGCCUUUGAAAGCUACCGCAAGCUCGCAAACGACGGGAUCCACCGGGCCCAAGUUGCCGUUGGUCGAUACUAUGCAGAUGGCGAAGGUAUCGAUCAAGACUUCAACACAGCCAUCGAGUGGUAUUCCAAGGCUGCCGCCCAAGGAAGCGAAGAUGGCCGGCUUCAUCAUCUGAUGGCGCUGUGCCUGGUGCAUGGAUUUGGAACGACGAAGGACCAGGAAAAGGCCGUGGCCAUCUUUGAGCAGCUCGCCAACGACGGCCGCAGCAGCAGCCAGUACUGGGUCGGCAAAUGCUGGUGGGAGGGCUGGGGAGUGUCGGGAAGCUACUCGACGGCGUUUGAGUGGUUCAGCAAGUCGGCCGAGCAGGGCAGCUCGUACGGACAGUUCAUGGCUGGUGUGUGCUACAAGAUAGGACUCGGUGUCGAUAAGGACAAUGCUCGUGCUUUUGAGUGGCUCCGCGAGUCGGCCGAGCAGGGCAAUCGAUACGGACAAUACUACCUCGGCAGCUGCUACAACAACGGCAUCGGCAUCGACAAGGACACUGACACGGCCGUGUUCUGGUAUCGCAAGUCCGCAGACCAAAGCCACUACCUCGCUGUCAACGAGCUCAAGUCAUUCGGCUUGUGGUCCUGGGCCUCGAGCAGGCAAUCAGAAGCGCCUUGAAGCUGCGACAAACCCCGCGGAACAGCAAAUGUAUCGAUGAAGCGACAAGGGUCGAGGAGUGCUGCGUGUUAUCCAAUCUGUCCAUGGCACCCAUCACAUUCCAAUGGAUCCGAAUACAUCUGAAUACAUCUGAAUACAUCUGAAUACAUCUGAAUACAUCUGA